AUGUCUUUAGGAUAUUUCUCUGGACAAUUAAAUGAGAUGUCAAUUGAAACUUCUUCUGCAUUGUCAACCAUUAUUCAAGACAAAUUAUCUUCUUCUUCAUUUACAUCAUCAUGUACCACAAUCUCUAUAGAUAAUGCAUCAUUUAAGAAUAGUGCUAUGAUAAAAAAUGAAAUAAAUGAUUCUUUAGUUUUUACACCAACAGAAGCUAGUUUAUUACAUGAAAAAUGGAAUCAAUUUAGAAAUAAAAGACAUUCUUCGUCUAGUUCUGAUUCUGGUUUAGGUUUACCAAUAUCAUCUCCAAUAGCUAUUAAAUCACCAACACAUAUCUCUACCAAUAAUAUAUUAUUUAAUAAUUGUUAUGGAGCAUCACCAUUUUCACCACCAGGAUUGUCACCAUUGACAUUAUCAUCAGCUCCGGAUAGUGCAUUUAUUCCUACACCAGGUUCUGUUGGUAAUCAAGAAACUCGUUUCAAUUUUGACAUCAUUAAUAGUCAUUCUUUUUCAGCAUCUUUAUCAAAGACACCAGAAACAAUAACACCUUCAACAACAACUAAAUUUCCUGAUCUUUCAUCAUCAUCAGCUCCAGUGACGGGAGAUAGUAGUAGUAUGAUAAAAUGUAUUCAAUCAUCCAAUUCAACACCUAUUCCACAUAUUUAUUCACAUAAUACACUUCUUCAUCGAUCACCUAACCAAAUAACACCAUCAAUUUUUUUAAAUACAACAAAUAAUCCAGGUAGUUGUAAUAAUUUUUCAAUUCAAAAAUUAAAAACAUUAAUUGAAAUGGAACAAAAACAGGCUGUUAAAGAAUAUCAAAAUAAUUUUGAUACAACUAUUAAAAGAGCCAUAAAUGCCCAAAGGUUAUUGUUAAAUUUUACUCUUCUCCAACAACAACAACAACAAUCAAAAAUAAAUUCUAUUAAUUUUAAUAAUGGUAAUGGAGAUAGGACAUCAAUAUCAUUUGACAAUAAUAAUAUUAUUUCUCACCAAAAUCACAAUAAUUUAUAUAAAAUUACAUCUAUUCUACCAACAAUUAAUAAUAAUAAUAACAAUAAUAGUAAUAAUACAGAAGAUAAUCAAAAUAAUAGUAUUAUUUUAACAAACAAAGAAGAAGAUAAGAUGUCAACAAUUAUACCGUCACAACAAGAAGAAUCUUUUACUGGAGAUAUUCAUGGUAAGAAACAAUAUAUUUGUGAAUAUUGUAAUAAAGACUUUAGACGUCCUGAUAUACUUUCAAGGCAUUUACGACGCCAUACUGGUGAAAAACCAUUUGGAUGUAAUGAUUGUGGAAGAUUUUUUUCACGAUCUGAUCACCUACGGACACAUAGACGUACUCAUACAGAUGAAAAACCAUAUAAAUGUCCUAUAUGUAAUUAUGCAGCUAGACGUAGAGAUGUUUUAUCAAGACAUUUAGGUGCUAGACAUCAAACAAAAAAUUCAGCAAUUCCUUUAAAUUCAAAAGAAAUUAAUAAAAAAGUUAAAAAGAAAUAUGAUGGAAUGAUUGAUAAAAAUAAUAAUAAAGAAAAAUCAAAGUUGUUGUUAGAUAAUCCAAUUAAUACGGUUAUUUAA